ACUACGUAUCACUGCUGAUGGUAAUUUAAAAGUGUGCCUCUUUGGGAAUGCCGAAAUAAGCCUGCGUGAUUUAAUUCGACAAAAUGUCUCCGAGAAGCAACUGUUGGAAAUCAUUGAAAUCGCAGUCAAAAACAAGAAGAAACAGCACGCAGCGAUCGAUAUAGUGUCUCAUUCGCAACUACAACCAACAACCUUAUUAUCAGCUUCACCUAAUACUCGACCACGUUACUUUCCUCUACACUUUCAACCUUCCAAAUAUCCGUUAUUUUCUCCACUGACCUUUAUUUAUUCAUCUCCUUUGUACCGGACGCUUCCUUCCCCUACUUUAACAUCAUUUACUCCGCAUAACUCUUAUUCAACGAAAAAUUCUCCCGUAUCUCCUUUAUCUCAAUCCUCAUCCUCUGAUCAAUCCAAUCAAUCCCCUUCCCUUUCUCACAUUGACGACAAGACAUCGGAACCGCGAAUGGUAUCCGUCUCUGCAAAAUCCAAGACGCAUCGCACAGCAAUUGCCCGAGGUCGUAUUGUUCUCCCUGAUGCAAUAUUCACGCUUCUUCGUUUACAUUCUUUCUCCAAAGGUGAUGUUUUAACUGUAUCUCGCCUGUCCGGCAUCAAUGCUGCCAAACAAACGGGAUACCUCAUUCCAUUAUGUCAUCCGUUGAACCUGGAUCAUGUGCAAGUAGAUUUGAAAUUGAACGAAGAGACGAAUGCCGUUGAAAUAGAGGCAAAAGUUGAAUGUGAGGGAAAAACAGGCGUUGAAAUGGAAGCAUUGACCGCCGUUAGUUUGGCUGCCUUGACUGUGUUUGAUAUGUGUAAAAGUGCGGGAAAGGGUAUGGUUAUUGAGGAUAUUAGAUUGAUCGAAAAGAGCGGUGGGAAAAGUGGAUAUUGGAGAGCGGAAGAAGAGAAUUGA